ACUCCACUCUGCGCUCGACUAGUCCGCCCUGUGCCUGUGUCAGCAGUCAUGUGAGCUGGGAUAAAUGGCUGCUCUACUCUCAGGUUUAUUCUGAAACUGGUAGCUGGUUUUUCCGUUAUUUAGCACUUUGGUUCUAUUUUACGGCCUGUCUGUUGUUUAGUCGACGGAUUUCGGGCUUCGCGACCACAACUGAUAUAGAGAAAAAAGAAGAGGGACUUCAUCAUCUGUACCUGUAACUAUUCAUCCUCCUUCUCUUCCUCCUCGUCCUUCUCCUCCUCAGAGCCAGUUUACAUCGCUGUUAUGAUCCAGAUCUGAACCAGAGGGGAUACACGCUAGACCCGGACCUGCUGUGGACUCGGAGGAAUGACAGACAGAACACAAAGUCCUGUUUUUUUAAGGAAGCUGAAAUCGAAUUAUUCUGGAAAAUCAACUUUUAUCUAAAACCUGUCUUUACAAUCUGUUGAAAUCAUGAACACGGAGAAAGACUUUUCUCCUCUGACCCCAAACAUCGUGAGAGCUCUGAACGACAAGCUGUACGAGAAGAGGAAGGUAGCAGCACUUGAAAUCGAAAAGCUAGUCCGUGAGUUUGUGGCUCAAAACAACUCAACUCAGAUUAGACAUGUCAUUCAGAUUCUGGCCUCAGAGUUUGCCCUGUCCCAACACCCCCACAGCCGAAAAGGAGGUCUUAUUGGCCUGGCUGCCUGCUCCAUAGCCCUGGGCAAGGAUUCAGGGUUGUACCUGAAGGAGUUGAUUGAGCCGGUCCUCACCUGCUUCAAUGACUCUGACAGCCGACUGCGAUAUUACGCCUGUGAAGCUCUUUACAACAUAGUGAAGGUGGCAAGAGGAGCUGUGCUUCCCCAUUUUAACGUGCUGUUUGAUGGUCUCAGUAAGCUUGCUGCAGACCCUGAUCCUAAUGUAAAGAGUGGCUCUGAGCUUCUUGACCGCCUUCUAAAGGACAUUGUUACAGAAAGUAACAAGUUUGACUUGGUGGCUUUUGUUCCCCUAUUACGAGAAAGGAUCUACUCCAACAAUCAGUAUGCUCGCCAAUUCAUUAUUUCCUGGAUCUUGGUUUUGGAGUCAGUUCCAGACAUCAACCUCCUUGACUACCUGCCAGAAAUCCUGGAUGGACUCUUUCAGAUACUGGGUGACAGCAGCAAAGAGAUCAGGCGCAUGUGUGAAGUGGUGUUGGGAGAAUUUCUAAAAGAAAUCAAGAAAACUCCUUCCAGUGUCAAGUUUGCUGAAAUGGCAAACAUACUGGUCAUCCACUGCCAAGUGUCUGAUGAGUCCAAACUUACUAAUGACCUGAUCCAGUUGACAGCUAUGACCUGGAUGAGGGAAUUUAUUCAGCUGGCAGGCCGGGUGGUCCUGCCCUAUUCCUCUGGCAUACUAACGGCUGUACUGCCCUGCUUGUCCUAUGAUGACCGCAAGAAGAUCACUAAAGAAGCUGCUAGUGCCUGCAACCACAGCCUUAUGAAGCUUGUGACACCAGAAGACGAUGAAGAUGAGGAAGAAUCACAGUCCACAACCUCCCCUCCGAGCAAAGACACCUCUACUAAGAAAGAAGGGGAUAUUAAUGAUUCCUUGAAUGCUUCUCAGGAGUCAACGGGAUUAAGCAACAUCUCUUUCUUCAAUCCAACAGGGGCUGAUAGGUCUCAGGUGACUCUGGAUUUGGAUGGCAUUGUGCAGGUUCUUGACAGACAUUUACACGACUCUUUAACUGGAAUGAUGACACGCAUUGCUGUGCUAAAGUGGCUUUACCAUCUAUACAUCAAAACACCUCGCAAGAUGUUCCGGCAUACAGACAGUCUGUUCCCGAUGUUACUGAAGACACUUUCUGAUGAGUCUGAUGAAGUCAUCUUAAAAGACUUGGAGGUUCUAGCUGAGAUUGCUUCAUCUCCUGCUGGACAAACAGAGUCUUUAGGGUCCUGUGAUGGCUCGGAUAAAACUGAGCUUCAUGUUCCAGAUGGGAGUAAAGUUGGGCAGCAUCAGCUGGGCAUGAGUUCCAAAGUUGCGGAUUCCUCUCCCUCCACUCCCAGCAUGAACUCUUACUUUUACAAGUUCAUGAUCAACCUGCUCCAACGCUUCAGCCUGGAAAGGAAGCUUCUGGAAACAAGGGGGGCCUUCAUCAUCAGGCAGCUGUGUCUUCUCCUACAUGCAGAGAAUAUCUUCCAUUCCAUGGCAGACAUCUUGCUGAAGGAAGAGGAUCUGAAGUUUGCAUCCACGAUGGUGCAGACUCUCAACACCAUCCUGCUCACAUCAGCCGAGCUUUUUCAGCUUCGGAACCAGCUCAAAGAUCUGCGCACACCGGAGAGCUGUACCCUGUUCUGCUGUCUUUACCGCUCCUGGUGCCAUAAUCCUGUGGCCACUGUCUCCCUUUGCUUUCUGACCCAGAACUAUCGCCAUGCGUAUGACCUCAUUCAGAAGUUUGGCGACCUGGAGGUGACUGUGGAUUUCCUCAUAGAAGUAGACAAACUGGUGCAGUUAAUUGAGAGUCCCAUUUUUACAUACCUUCGUCUGCAGUUACUGGAUGUGGAGAACAAUCCGUAUCUUAUCAAGGCACUUUAUGGACUGCUUAUGCUGCUGCCACAGAGCCAGGCCUUCCAGCUGCUGUCUCAUCGCCUGCGCUGCGUUCCCAAUCCCGAGCUAAUGAGAACAGUGGAAAUCCCAAAGCCAGUCAGUGCCAAGCGUGCCACCCGGCCACAGGUGGACUACAAAGAGCUGCUGCAGCACUUUGAGCAUGUGCAGAGCAAGCACCUGGAGGUGCGGCACCAGAGAGUUGGCCAUACAGAACAUCCAGACAGGAAGCUGUGAGGAGUCUGCAGCAGGGAGGUUCUGUGGCCUGAAGAGCAUAUAGGGCAUGAAGAAAGGUCAGAAUGGAUCCAGCCACUCUGACUACAUGUUCUUACUCCAUUUUUAAACCAUUGGUUCCCCUAUAAGCAUGAUGGACUUCAGAAUUUCAUUUUAAUGUUAAGUGCUUUAUGUUUUGAAAAUGGAUGAUAGGGGGUACACAAAUACAAAUUCAAUGAACUAAGAUUUGUUUUUGGAAUUUGGACCAGUUUUUUUAUGUACAGACAGUAAUCUAGGCUGGUAAGUCCAAAUGCCUUUGCAUUUAGCAUUAUUUAUUUUGGCCAAAAUCUUAUGUGCAUUCCCAGCUUUCAUAAUUGUUGUGUCUUGAAACAGGAAUUAAACUUGCUAUGCAGUUUGCAUAAAUGUAACAGUAACUAGCAUUCCACGCAGAAGAGAUGUGAGUCUCCAUUCACCACCUCAAUGGAGUCUCUUUAGAGCAAGGUAAUACUUCUAGUUCAGGUUCAUCUCAUUGGCUCUUUCCAGUGCUUUUUAUGUACUACUUUCAUUCAUUUUCCUCUCAAUUUCUGUAUAUAUGUGCACACUGCUAUGAUUUAUCUUACAUAUUCCCUCAACUUUGUAACUUAGUGUGCAGAAGUUAUUUUAUCAUGUUUUGAAGUUAUGUGUGUAAUAAAGUGGACUGUGUGUAUGAG